AUGACGAGGCAGCAGACGACACACUGGUGGUUGUAUGACAGUCACAGCAACUCCAGACGCUCUCCAUGGCUUCAAACCACCCUCGCUGACCUAGAGCAUAAGACAGAGGACAUACUAAAGCUGAUUCAGGAAGAUGCAGAUUCCUUUGCUCAACGUGCAGAGAUGUAUUACAAGAAGCGGCCGCAGCUAAUCAGCAUGGUUGAAGAAUUUUAUCGGGCUCACCGGUCAUUGGCUGAGCGAUAUGAUCAACUUAAGUCUGAUCCAGGAACUCGUCUCCUGACAACGUUAGGGUCUCCAUUCUUUUCCUCCAAAUGCCAGUCUGAGAAGUCAAUGAGCGUGGUGGAUCUGAACUUUGAUAGCCAUUCUGAAACUUGUGAACCUGAGGAGUACUCCGAGUCUGAAGUUGAUGAUCCGGAACUGGAUGAUGAAACCCAAGUUGAUGAAGAAAUGAAAGAGAAGGCUUCGGGUGGGGUUAGUGAUGAUGAGGUGAGGAAGUUAAGGGAAGUAAUAGAGAAGCUUGAGGAAGAGAACAGAACCCAAAAGGAUCAAAUAAAGCAGAAAGAUGAAGAGAAGAGAGAGGUAAUAAGACAGUUAAGUUUAGCUGUGGAUAUGCUCAAAGAGGAGAAUGUGGAGCUGAGAAAGAAGUGCCUUGCCAGAGAAUCACCUAAAAAUUCGAGUCCCUCUGAGGGCAACAAAUUCACAGGGACAUUUUUAAGGAAGUUGUUUAAUAGGUAUCCAAAGUUUCAUCCUACAAUUGUUGCACUCUAG